AGUGAGUGUGGUCAGCGUCCACCCAUGCACAAUCAACCGCUACGUGCUCGUGUAACUUCUUCAUAGCGCUCGCAACCCUGACUGAUCUGCACCGCCCACACCACAUUCACCAGGAAUCCGUGCAGGCUCGUCAAAUAUCAACUACCGCUCCCUACAAGGCCUGCUUGUCUACGACGCCUGACUGGUAAAGCACAGCCCACUUCUCCUUGCCACAUCUCACCAUGUCUUUCCAAUCUCUUGUGGGCGGAGCCGACUGUGGACCCUCAAACGGUCUUCAGUCGCUCAUGAAGCAUUCUCAAACCGAUCGCUCCCUCCAACAAGGAGAUCGAACCAAUGCAUCCUCUUCUCUUCCCGGCACCUCCUUCCGACAGGGUCGUCAAGCCCCUGGCCCAACAGGUCCAUCAGACGCACAAGCCUUCUUCGGCAAUGCGCCUCCUCCUCAGCUCAAUGGCGACUUUGGUCCCAUGGAUGGAGCUUUCCAGUUCGACAAGAUGAGAGCCGAGAUGGAGCGCAUGCAGAGGAGCGGAAAUGUCCCUUCGGGAUGGGCUCAAGAGAUGAGCAGGAUCCCUCAACAAGCUCCACAUGCUGACCUCGCCGGAGCUUGGAGGCAGCAAUUCUCCACGCAGCCUUCGAACGCUGCUGCCGCUGCUCGUUCGUCCAACGGCACUCCCACGCCAUCAGGCGCAUCCAGCACAGCUCGAUCUGGCACUUACGGAGGAGGCAUAAUGGGAGGUUAUGGUGGCAUGGGCAUGAUGUCUGGCGGCAUGAUGGGGCAAGGCUCUAUCAUGCGCAACAGCGCUCAGCGGUCCGAGACCAGUGCUCAGAAUUCGCGCUUCACCGAAUUGUCUGACAAGCAAUGGGAAGAAGAGUUUGCGAGAUUGGAUGCUGCCGAAGCUGAAGCUGCUACGGACAAGGGCAAAGGCAAAGGCAAGGCUUCUGAAAAGCUGGACACGGAAGAAGAGCAAGACAGAAAAGUUAGGGAAGCGCUUGACAGGCUCGAGACCGAUGUCAGGGACGAUGGCUUGAAUGCGGAUAGACGGUUCGAAGAGCUUUGGAACGCGAUGCAUGCCAACGGAGCUAUCCCACCGUCUGGUGCUGAUGCUGAGCUUAAGCGAUUUGAAGAGCUUAUGCAGAGACAGCGAGAGAAGGAUGCGGAGGACGACGAGCAAGUGCCUGAUCUCGACGAAUGGGCAUACACGCAUCCCUCUGGGGGACUGGGGGGAGGUGUAGAAGGUCUUCAUGAACGUGGAAGAUUCGACGGAACCGAGGACCACCUUAUUGAUGGGUAUGGAACCACUGGCAUCGAUGGAUUCCCUAGACUUGGAGCUUAUCGAUUCGCUCAGGAGAAUCCCUUCUCCACACACGAGAACCCCAUGGCAGAGGGCCUAAGACUCUUGGCUAACGGAGGAAGCCUCGCAGAUGCAGCUUUGCUAUUCGAGGCAGCGACUCAGAGAGACGUGGAAGGAGGCAGCGGAGGUGAACUUCAAGAGGUCAAUCGCGCCUUGAGAGAAAAGAGUGAAGCGUGGAGAAGACUUGGUGAAGCCAUGGCGAUGAAUGAGAGAGAGACGCAAGCCAUCAGAGCAUUUGAAGAGGCAGUCAAGCUUGACGAGAACAAUCUAGAGGCGUACAUGGCCCUCGCCAUCUCGUACACGAACGAAGGCUAUGACGCGGCAGCGCACACUACGCUCGAGCGAUACAUGGCGAAAGCCUACCCUCACAUCACAGCUAGUGCGCCACCGGAAAUAGCAGGUUCCAAGGACCCAAUCGAGGGGACGGAAGGCAAUCCGUGGGCGUCGCUUAACAAGGUGACGGAGAUGUUCCUAUCUGCAGCGAGAGAAGGAGCCUCCAAAGGAGUGAUUGACCCGGAGAUUCAAGUGGGCUUGGGAGUCCUGUUCUAUAGCAACAGCUCUUAUGAAGAAGCUAAAGACUGCUUCCAGACUGCUUUGCAAGCUCGGCCCAACGACUUUUUGCUCUGGAACAGGCUGGGAGCUACUUUGGCCAAUGGUGGUAAACCUGAAGAGGCCAUCGAAGCGUAUCACAAGGCCCUUGAGCUCCGUCCCACGUUCACCAGAGCCAUCUACAACCUUUCCGUCUCCUGCUUGAAUUUGGGAGCGCAUCACGAAGCUGCAGAGCACCUCUUGGCUGCCCUCUCGCUGCAGCAGUCCCAUGCAGCUCUGGAUCUCCCUGAAGGAUCUCAGGUGGACGCACCCAGACCUCCGCCGCUCGCAGAGGCUCAAGAGUCUCACAACCUCUGGUCCACCCUGCGCAGGAUUUUCAUCGUCAUGGAGCGCAUGGACCUUGCCCAACAUGCGCACGUCGGCGCUGAUCUUGCCCAAUUCCACAAGGCUGGUUUUGAAUUCUGAAUCUCGGCUCUUCGUGACCCCGUUCGACCCCUUCAUGCACAAGAUACAGUCUACGAUGUCCUAUCCAUGCCUCGCACGAGUCUUGAGGAUAAUUGACUGCCAAUCAACUUCUCCCCACGAGCUUGUAGGAAUGUCUUGAUUGCUGUCUAUCCCGGUAGUUGAAUAUGACAAGGGAGACUCUUU